AGUGGAAGGCGGCGUGGGGGCGGGUGGGAAACGCACACGCGGACUUUCCGCCGCUUUUUUCCCCCCCUCAAGCCACGCCGGCCGGCCGCUGCUUUGCAACCUCUUCCUCGGGGCAGCAGCAGCAGCGGGGACGACAAGGGGGCUGGCCCCACCGUAAAGCUCGCUCGCUCGCGCGCCCACUCACCCAACGGGGGUCCGGAGAAAGCCGGAGGGUCCGCCCCGCUUCGCCAAGCCGCUCGCCCCUCGCCUCAUAAAGCCGCCCGACCAACUCGAGACCCCCCAACCCACCCAACCAACCCGCCUCGUGCGCGCGCGCGCCUGCCUUCGCUGCGCUUCGGCCGAGCGCGCUUUUGAGGAGGGUCUCCCCGCUCGCGCGCGCGCGCGCGCUCCCUCCCAGUCCAGAGGGUCGCCUCAGGAGAAGAAGAAGAAGGAGGAAGGAGAAGAAGGAGAAGAAGAAGAGGAGGAGGAGGAGGAGCAAAGGAGGAAGGUCGUCUUCGGGGAAGACGCCGCCGCUGCUGCCGCUCGCGCUCGCUCGCUCCUCAGCCCGCCCGGAUUUCCGAAAAGUUGCCAAGAGUAGCCGAAGGAGCCCCGCGGCAAAGCGCCGGGUUCGUCGGUCUCGAAGCUUCGCCUUUCCGCCGCGCUCGUUGCGGACCUCCUCCUUCUCCUCCCCGCGCGUCCUCGGGCUCUGGUUUCCCGAGCAGCCGCCAAGCUGGACGACCGGAGGAAAGCCGAGGCCAGGAGGAUGGAGGAUGAAGCUGUACUGGACAGAGGGGCAUCCUUCGUUAAGCACGUCUGCGAUGACGAGGAAGUAGAAGGUCACCAUACAGUCUAUAUCGGGGUACAUGUACCCAAGAGCUAUCGGAGGCGGAGACACCACAGAAGGAAGCCGAAGGAAAGGAAAGAAAAAGAGAAAAUCACUGAAUCAGAUGUGGAAAAUAUUGAUGAAGUCGGCGGGCACAUCCUCAAGCCAUUGAUCUCUCCGGCCGCUGAGCGCAUCCGUUUUAUCUUGGGGGAAGAUGACGACAGCCCAGCACCACCUCAGCUCUUCACAGAACUGGAUGAACUUCUGCUUGUGGAUGGACAAGAAUUGGAAUGGAAGGAAACGGCCAGGUGGAUAAAAUUUGAAGAGAAAGUGGAGGAAGGAGGGGAGAGGUGGAGUAAGCCCCACGUUGCGACGUUGUCGCUUCACAGUUUGUUUGAGCUGAGAACAUGCAUAGAGAAAGGCUCAAUUCUGCUGGAUUUGGAGGCCUCUACACUCCCUCAAGUCGUAGAGAUGGUUGUGGACAACCAGAUCGAGACCGGCCUGCUAAAGCAAGACAUGAAGGACAAGGUUGUCUACACACUGCUCAGGAAACACCGGCACCAGACCAAAAAAUCCAACCUCCGAUCGUUGGCCGACAUUGGGAAGACCGUCUCCAGUGCAAGUAGGAUGUUAACCAACCCUGAUAAUGGUAGCCCAGCCUUGACACCCAGAAACCUGACGUCCUCUAGUUUGAACGACAUCUCUGACAAACCGGACAAGGAGCAGCUGAAGAACAAAUUCAUGAAGAAGUUACCUCGGGAUGCUGAGGCCUCCAAUGUGCUGGUUGGAGAAGUCGAUUUUUUGGAAAACCCGUUCAUUGCCUUCGUGCGGUUACAGCAAGCAGUCAUGCUUGGGGCUCUAACAGAAGUCCCCGUACCUACUCGGUUCCUGUUCAUUUUGCUGGGCCCGAAGGGCAAAGCAAAAUCCUACCACGAAAUCGGCCGAUCCAUUGCCACUCUGAUGUCGGAUGAGGUCUUCCACGACAUCGCCUACAAAGCCAAAGACAGGCAGGAUUUGAUCGCUGGGAUUGAUGAAUUCCUGGACGAAGUUAUUGUGCUUCCCCCUGGGGAGUGGGAUCCUGCCAUAAGGAUAGAGCCCCCCAAGUCCCUUCCGUCUUCUGACAAAAGGAAAAUCCUGUAUGCAGGCGGCGAGAAUGUACAGAUGAAUGGAGAUACCCCUCACGAGGGAGGAAAUGGAGGAGGGGGUCACGGGGACUGUGAAGAAUUGCAACGAACUGGCAAAUUUUUUGGAGGUUUAAUCAAAGACAUCAAGCGGAAGGCCCCUUUCUUUGCCAGCGACUUCUACGAUGCCUUCAACAUCCAAGCCCUCUCGGCUAUUCUCUUCAUUUACCUGGGGACGGUCACCAACGCCAUCACUUUCGGAGGCCUGCUGGGAGAUGCGACCGAAAACAUGCAGGGUGUGUUGGAAAGCUUUCUGGGCACAGCCGUUACAGGAGCCAUUUUUUGUCUAUUUGCCGGUCAGCCACUUAUUAUUCUGAGCAGCACUGGACCCGUCUUGGUCUUUGAACGACUUUUAUUCAACUUUAGCAAAGACAAUGGCUUUGAUUAUCUGGAGUUCCGUCUCUGGAUUGGCUUGUGGUCGGCCUUCCUGUGUCUGAUCUUGGUUGCUACCGAUGCCAGCUUCUUAGUUCAGUACUUCACCCGGUUCACGGAAGAAGGCUUCUCCUCUCUGAUCAGCUUCAUCUUCAUCUACGAUGCCUUCAAGAAGAUGAUCAAACUCGCCGAUUAUUAUCCCAUCAAUUCCCAUUUUAAAGUGAACGACAUUACACGUUAUUCCUGUACCUGCGUACCACCAGAUCCAGUGAAUAGUUCGUUCAUCAAUGAAACGUGGGCGACACCCCUGCCUUGGCUCAAUGAAACGCACAACGGUACGAUUGAUUGGUCAUCCCUGACCAAGAAGGGAUGCUUGGAACUUGGAGGAGAGCUCCUGGGGAAUAAUUGCAAAUACGUCCCUGACAUCACCCUCAUGUCUUGCAUUCUCUUUUUGGGAACCUACACCUCCUCCAUGGCUUUGAAGAAAUUUAAGACCAGUCGUUAUUUCCCAACCACUGCAAGGAAAUUGAUCAGUGAUUUCGCCAUCAUCAUUUCCAUUCUGAUUUUCUGCGGAAUCGAUGCUCUGGUCGGUGUCGAUACACCAAAACUUCUUGUGCCAAGUGAAUUCAAGCCAACAAAUCCAGAUAGAACCUGGUUUAUCACACCAUUCGGAGGAAACCCUUGGUGGGUUUACCUGGCCGCAGCAAUUCCUGCUCUCCUGGUCACCAUCCUCAUCUUCAUGGACCAGCAAAUCACAGCUGUCAUUGUCAACCGUAAAGAGCACAAGCUGAAGAAAGGUGCUGGAUAUCACCUGGAUCUUUUCCUGGUGGCUGUGUUGAUGAUCAUCUGUUCCUUCAUGGGUUUGCCCUGGUAUGUUGCUGCGACUGUGAUCUCCAUCGCUCACAUUGACAGCUUGAAGAUGGAAACUGAGACCUCGGCACCUGGCGAACAACCCAAGUUUUUGGGAGUUAGGGAGCAGAGAGUGACUGGAUGUAUCGUAUUCCUUCUGACGGGCGUUUCCGUGUUCAUGGCACCCAUCUUGAAGUUUAUUCCCAUGCCUGUCCUGUAUGGUGUGUUCCUCUACAUGGGUGUUGCGUCCCUCAACGGUGUGCAGUUCAUGGACCGCCUGAAGCUGCUCCUGAUGCCUCUGAAGCACCAGCCGGACUUUAUCUACCUGCGACACGUCCCCCUCCGCCGAGUCCACCUCUUCACCUUCCUCCAAGUCUUGUGCUUGGCUCUCCUUUGGAUCCUGAAGUCCACGGUUGCUGCUAUCAUCUUCCCAGUCAUGAUCCUCGCCCUCGUGGCCGUCAGAAGGGGGAUGGAUUAUUUCUUCUCCCAGCAUGACCUCAGCUUCCUUGAUGACGUCAUUCCAGAAAAAGACAAGAAGAAGAAAGAGGAUGAAAAGAAGAAGAAGAAAAAGAAGGGCAGCCUGGACAGUGACAAUGAUGACUCUGACUCUCCGUUCACGGAAGAUGUGCCCAGUAUUAAAAUCCCGAUGGACAUCAUGGAGCAGCAACCUUUCCUGAAUGAUGGGAAGCCUGCCGAGAAAGAAAAGCCAACAUUCCUUGAACGCCAUACAUCAUGCUGAUCAAAUUCCUCACUUCCAUUCCUACAUGCCAAGGCCUCCGCAAAAUCCUGAUGGAAGUUGUGCCUCAGAUUAGAAUAGCACUCAGCUCUGAAGACCAUGCCUACUUUCGGAAUAGCAAGGGAACAGAACACACUGUCACAACUGCAUCUUCGUCCUUUCUUGCGGGAGUCUCCCCCACAACAAAAAAAAAACUGGCCCCUUUAAGACUGGUGGACUUCAACUCCCAGAAUUCCAACUGGGGGAAUUCUGGGAUUGGAGUCCACAAGUCUUGGAAGUGUCUGGGUUUGGGGUAGAUUAUGCCUGCUUUAUUGAAUUGGAUGUCCUUUGUCUUCUUCUCUAGUCGAAUGUUCAGUUGCUGUUAUCCAUCUAGAUCGAAAGAAAACUCAAAAUGUAUCCCUCUUCCUUUAGAUUUUAUUCUAUUUCCUCGCUUCAGCCCAUUUGUGUGUGUUUUCUGUUGUCGCAAACUGUUUCUCUUCCCUUUCAUUUCUGACCAAUAUUUUUUUUUCUGCCUUUUCAAUUGGUGCGCCUCCUCUGUUGCUUUGCAGAAGAAGGUGCAAAAGUAUUAAGGAUAUAUAUAUAUAUAUAUAUAUAUAUAUAUAUAUAUAUAUAUAUAUAUAUAUAUAUAUAUGUAUGUAUGUAUGUAUGUAUGUAUUAAUUAUAGCACCGUGGUUUCUUGUCAGCAAAGCAGAUUGUUAUUUUUAUUUUCUUGCGAUGCGAAUCAAUGUUUCUCAUCCUUCUGCUCCUUUGGGGCAUUUGUCGAUAUUAAGGUUUUGAUUUUAGUUUUUUCUUUCUUUCUCUCUCUCCCUCCUUCCCUCCCUCCCUCCCCCCCUCUCUCUUUCAGCAGAACAAAACUGACUUUCAGGCAAAUUCCCGAUAACUCUCGAUUCCUGCAAAAAAAUGCUGCUAUCUUAACAUGGUCUUAAUGUCACCUCUGCUACUGUAUUUCGGUGCAAAGCAGUCGAAAAGGUGCUAACCCACACAGAUGCAUCCCACCCCCCCUCCCAGCAUUAUGAUGUGACAUUUGUAUAACCUGCUCCUAUGCAACUUUUAUUUUGUAACACUGAAAUGGAUUCUUAAGCUGUCGGCUGUGUUGACAAAGUGUUAUCCGUUUUAAAUUAGAGGGGGGGGGGCUGAUCUAACAUUUUUGUGGGGU